GAUCUACGAAUGAUCGAUUAUGUCGCCACAGUCGACGAGAACUUGACAUGUCCAAUAUGCCGUUGUCCAUUCAUCGAUCCUGUCAUCUUGAACGAAUGCGAUCACUGCUUCUGCCGGGACUGCAUUCGGCAAACAUGGACCACUCCCUCCUCGCCAUAUAGCCCCCACGGCCCUCGAGGUGACUGUCCGUCAUGUCGUACUCCGGCCAAGCUAGGACCACGAUCUGCUACCACUAAGAUUCUGGUCAACAUACUGGAUGAUCUUCUGGUCAAAUGUCCUAACACUGGAGAAGGCUGUUCUACAAUCGUGAAACGCGGUGAGGUGCAAGACCAUGUAACCAUUUACUGCGGUUAUGCGAAGAUUGAGUGUCCAGACGAGAACUGCGAUCUACCAAUUCGACGCAAGGAUGCUCUACAGGGAUGCCUCCAUGUUGACGUCAGCUGUGUGGCAUGCCGCGAAGAGCUUCAAACAUCGACGCUUGAGCAACACUGGGCAGAGACGUGUCCAGACCGUGUCUUUCCUUGUAAUCUCUGCGAUGCUUCUAUAUCUUACAAGGACCUUGUCGAACACAAUCAGCGGCUGUGCCCAGCUGUGAGCAUUCCUUGUCCCGGUUCGGCUCUCGGAUGCUAUUUAGUUGGCAAGAAGGAAGACAUGGAAAGCCACGCUACGCACUGUGUAUUGGCAAAGUUGGCCCCGGUUCUUGACGCGCAAAGACAGCGAAUGGAUGAGCAAGAAGCUGCGCAGAAAGAGAUGAAUCGCAAGCUCGAGAUAUUCGAGAGUGGGUUCUCAACGAUUCAAAACAUCAUAUGUCCUCAGCAUGAUGUAUCGGACGCAAACACUGCAGACAAUUUGCCCAUCAACCCCGUCAACCGCCUUACUCGCACGCAGUCUGUUCCCAGUCCUGCGUAUGGACGCGAACAUGCUGUCGACGUGUCAUUUUCCAACCCAGCUCUUACCAACGCCCCCUACACAUCGCCAUUCCACCACUUGCUUAGCAUGCAUGAAGCACUCCGAGAAGAAGUCAACCGCACCUCGACCGCUUUAGCUGACCUCGACGGUCGUCACAGCGUUCAAAUCCUCAAUGAGAAUAUCCGCAUGCGUGACGAGAUUGCCUACGUCGGUGCACAAGUUGCCGGUCUCCAACGACAAGUCACUUGGCUCACCUCG